CUUCCGUCGUAUUGACGUCGCCAUUUUGAAUUGAGGGUUGGCUCAGUUGGUUAGAGAUAGCGGUGACAGAAGAACCGGCCCAACCAUUGCUGCAAGCCCCAAAAGUGCUCAGACGGCUCUGGGUGGUCCUACCUCUUAUUCUUGCAUGUAGUGUAGUGUUCCCAUUAGUUGCGCGCCACCCUGUGCUGCAUUUAGUUCCCUUUUUUAAGUUUCAGCGGGAGCAAAGCAGAUGUGACAGCUAACUAGCUAGCUCAGUUAGCUAGCUUGAAGAGCUGAGCAUCAGCACCGGCUCUGUGGAGGGUGAUCCUGCACGCCGCAAACACUCACCCCUCUUCUCUGAUAGGCCUUGAUGUAGUGAGGCAAACUGUAACUAAGCGUGUCGCCAGACGAAUUAUCAGGUGAGUGACACUUAUGGACUGAUUUUAACAGUAGGAACGGAAAAGGAGGACUACAUUGUGCUGACUGGGUACAUAGCAGACCAGAGCGGCCAACAAAGCUAAUGCGGGACGCUACUCCACAAUGCUAACAACACGAUCUGCGAAACUCGCAUUCUCGUGGUAGAUGGACUGUGAGCAGUACAAGACGUAGCCACCUGGCGCCUUGUUUCUCUCUUUGUUGGGAAAUGAUUAGAAAACCUAAAAGGACAGUAGUCGUGAAGCAUGUGCGUUAUCGGGCCACCUCAGUGUUUUACAUGGAUGUCCUGGGAUGUAUAUUCCCAGUUAUUGAAAGGACGUGUUCACAUGGUUGUUAGCAUGAAAUUAAAUAUUUUUCUUUUUGCUGCUUCAGGAGAGAUGUAUCAGCUUCCAGUUAACAACCUUACUAAAAUCAGAAGAGCGAGGAAACAAGUAAAAAGGGCACUUGAAGACAUUGGACUGGAGUUCUGCAAAGAGGCAGCAGAGGUGAGUUUGAUGUAUUUGCAUGAAAAAAAAAAAACCUAACCAAGUUGACUUGACUAGUAAAGCUGUUUGUGGUUGCUAUUGCAGGCCCAAAUCAUCUUGUGUUGGAUUAUAUUUUCAUGCCUCAAAAGUCUAUACAGAAAAGAUUUAGACUCAAAUGUGUGUGAAACCACUGUGUUAGCUUAGUCUACAUACUAUGAUUAUUUGUUUUCUCAUAGAUGGUUUUGUAUUAUGCCCACGAGUCAUUUUGCCUUUCUGAUUUUUCUAAAGGAGUUCAAGGAAUUUUGCCCAAAUGAGCAAUUUGUGAAAAGUAGUCUCUGCCUUGAUAUCUGCGCAUGGGAUCCAUCAUACUCUAAAGCACAGGUAAAUCUCACUUCCUGCUCCAAGUGCUGUAAAAACUGUAAUACACAAAUCUUCAUAUGAAGCUUUAUCUAAUGGAUUUUCUUCUAUGUCUUUUAGGAAUACAGAUCAAAGCCAUUUUGCUGCACAGAGUGCUCAUUUUCUUCCAAAUACUACUCAGGCUACAAAAAUCACUUCCGCACUGUACACAGGACAAUCUUUGACAGCAAAAUUUUGCUCAAUUGUCCAUACUGCGCAUUCAUUGCAAACAAGCGAACUUUGGAGACGCAUGUAAAAAUAUUCCACAUACCCAGUUCAGUACGCCAAAAUUAUGGGACCACACAGGGAGCUGUACUUGGAGCAAAGGACAAAGCCUAUCUUGACAGAGCUAGACAGGGAGAUGGUGUGGAAAAAGCAAUGUACUUUUGCAAAAAAUGUACAUUCCGGGACACACUCUACAAUGUUGUGAGAAGGCACAUCUACAGGGAACACUUUAAGCAUAUUGUAUCACCAUAUCUAGGUAUGGUUUCUGAAUCUUCCGUCAAAAAUGGUGCUAAUUCUGUCAAUGGCAACAACAUCCUCUGUAAACGCUGCCAGUUUUCCACUCGUAGCUAUGAGGCUCUGGUACAACAUGUAAUAGAGUAUCAUGAACGCAUUGGUGCACAAGUAACCACCAUGAUUGGACAUGCUAAUAUCAUUGUCUCCAGGAAUCAGUCCUUUUCAGCUGCUUCUCAGAAAACCCCUUUACCUGUUGGCAGGGCAGUAACACAGGGGCCAGUAGCACAACCAGUGAUUGGCUAUUUAAAACCCGUGCCCCCUGUUGUUAAAAAUCCAUCUACCACCACAGCCACGAAGGUGCGUAUCACACAUCCUGGAAACAGCACUGUGGCUGAAAAUAACUCUGCAGGUGUGAACACAGCUCAGACACAGAAGUGGAAGAUAUGUACAGUUUGCAAUGAGCUGUUCCCCGAAAACCUCUACAGUGCUCAUUUUGAGAAUGCUCACAAAGCAAAGAAAGUUUGGGCACUGGCCAAGUACAUCAUGAAGAUCCACAACUUCACCAGCAAAUGUUUGCUCUGUAACCGCUACCUGCCCAGCGAUACACUGCUUAACCACAUGCUGAUCCAUGGGCUCACCUGUCCACAAUGCCAUGUUGCUUUCCACAGUGUUGAGCAAAUCAUGGACCACGUGGCCCAGACUCAUCCUGAUGACUUUGUUGGACCCCCUGGUGCAUCACCUCUAACCUUUGAUCUUACUGUUAAACAAGACAGGUCAAGUAAUGUGCAGCUGGUUGUCCUCACUUUUAACAUGAAGGAAUCCAUCAACGGUCAAGGUCAACCUGCACAUGCUCACAGCAGUGUUCCCCCUCUGAUCAAAGUCAGCGCUCCAAAAGCAAUCCAGAAGAAUGAGGCAGUUGCUGCCCCAAGUUUCACGUCGUUGCCUCACAAAAGUGAGGUUGGGAAGACUUUGUGUCCGCUGUGUUUCACCAUCCUUAAAGGUCCAAUUUCUGAUGCGCUGGCCAUGCACCUGAGAGAGCGACACCAAGUGCUCCAAACAAUGCAUCCUGUUGAAAAAAAGAUGACCUACAAGUGUAUUCAUUGCUUGGGAGUGUACACCAGUAACAUGGUUGCCUCCACAAUCACACUGCAUCUUGUGCAGUGCAGGGCUGUGGGUAGGAGCCAGGCAAGCCAAAGCUUCAAGUCCACGUUGACCCUGAAUUCAUCAGGGGCUGGCUUCAUCAAGAGGCAGCCGCCAACACAGGCUGGUGCCAACCCCAAAAGGUUAAAACUAAGCAAAGACUCAAAAAUAUCCUCAACAGCUGUCGGAAAUUCAUGUGAAGCUGUUGGCCUUGCUCUGGAUCCUAGAAGCUAUGAGCACAAGACAUAUGAGGCCAGAAAAAAUUUCCUGACAGCCUACUUCAACAAGAAACCAUACCUCUCUGCUCAAGAAGAGGAGAAGCUGUCUGCAAGUCUGUGGCUGUGGAAGUCUGACAUUUCUAAUGACUUUGCUACAAAGCAGAAAAUGUGUGAGAAAUUUUGUCAGACAAGUAAAUUGUCAGUGCUGCUGGGCUUUGACAUGCACGCUGUCAGGAAAGUGAAGCAUAACUUGAUCUUUGAGGAAAGUGUCUUUAAUCGCACGUCAUUAGUGACACCUGGAGGUGGAAAGUCUGCUCCAAACAUGGACCAAAAAAAGCAGUCUGAAACACUUAACUGCACCUUAAAACUCAGCACGUGCACUGAGACCAUUUCCAUAGACUCUGACAGCGACCCGGAAACAGAGGACAACCCCGGGAAUGAUGAUGAUGUUGCCAUCAACCAUGACAAGAAUGUAAAAUCCCAGGACCCAGCAAAUCUGACAGAGGAGACAGCCCCACUGAGGGAAGAUGAUCUUUCUAAAGAUAAGGAGAGCUCUUAUCAAGAUGAGAAACCUUUGAUGACUCUCUGUUAGUGUCAUUGUCUGGCAGUGUGCCUUGGUUAUGAAAUCCUUUAGUUUUGAAAACACAUUCAAGCGACAAAAAGGGUUAAAAAUAUCACUUAUCUUAUAUAUCGGUUCUGCAGGCAUGGGCAACAAAGACAAACGGUUGAAGGUGUGUCCAGUGUUGAAAAGAAGGAUAAAAGUUACAUUUUAUGCAUAAAUACAUGGGAUGUAAUUAAUGUUGUAUAUAUUUUUGCCCUUGCCCCCUGUUAAGGCUCUUCUCACAGUCUGUCCUGUUCACACUUUUAACUCCUUUAGUUCCAUGGUUGUUUCUCUCAACUGUGAAUGAACUGUAUUGUUAUUUCACAUUUAGAAAGUGUAGGAUAUGCCUAUUGCUUAUGUACACGUUUUAAUAAAUGUUUGUUUAAUAAAAACAAUUUUAAGUUUUCAUAAA